AAGGAAAUGAAUAAGUACGGCAAGACCACUUCCCCUUUUGCCUCUUCGAUACCAAAUUCAGGUUUAGGGUUUCACAAUUCGAUCCAUCUUCUCUCUUCUAUCUGGAAAUGGCGAUGAGGAAAUUCUUCAGCGAGAUCAAGGGGAUGAAAGUGAAGGACGUGCCGGCGCAUGUGAAACCCAUGGUUACAACGAGCAACGCCAAGAACUUUAUCCAGAGAGCAUUGGAUAAUUAUCAUGCCAAAUACAUUCAGACCGAUUCGAUCGUACCUCUCUACCAUGUCUGCUUUGGUGGCAUGAUCUUCUCUUACCUCGUCGCUCUUCCUGAGGAGCGCCGUCACCUCGAACACCAGCAACAUGCCAAAGAGCAUGCCCACUGAUUUCCUCAUCGGAUCUAGUGGCGCUUGGUAUUGGCAGUGUCAGAAAUGAGGACGAUUGAAGUCCGCUUUUUCCAUUGUUUCUAGUUUGGUUUUCAACGGUGGAUCUUUAUAAGGAACUUCCCCAAAUAAAUCAAUCUCUUUUUGUUUUGUAUUGUCGAAUGGAGAACACACACCUACUUGUUUGACAGCAGCAUCUCAAAUCAUUAAUUCCUUUCGUUG